UCCUCUAUGUUCCAACAAAAAUGACCUGGUCUGAAGCUGAGGAAAACUGUGGGAGACUUUCACAUUCCUGGUCGGCAAACCUUGCAUCCGUGUAUGACUCUGAGGCCGCCCAUGACAUUCGUGAUGUGCUUAAGAGUGCCGGUCAUGAGCAUGGAAAAGUAUGGGUUGGAGGCCGUAAGACAGCACAGGAUUCAUCCUGGUCCUGGACUGAUAUUUUGGGUUUCGAUCAGUUUUAUGAUUUCUGUUCUGUAGACCACAAACAUCACUGUCUGCACCUUACCUUUGAAGAAGACCAGGAGGGAUGCCUGGAUGACAUGGACUGUGAGACUAAGCUCCCGUUUGUCUGUGGCGUGACCCUCAUGUGAUUCCUGAGCUGAAACAGAAACUUAAUGUAUCUGUAGAAACAUGACUGGAUGAGUU